AUGUUCCCGACAACUCUCAGUUCUGGCGAUGUGGAACUAACGGAGUCAUCACGGGAUGUUCACGCAGAUCGCUUCGAAGACGACGAUCAGGCGCCGGAUCACGAAGGCGAUGAAGCCAUCUUUGCCCAAGAUCCAUUUUCACAGAAUAAUAUCGAGCCAAUAUCCUUCAAGCGCAAGCAGAAACGGUCUGCUCGUUUCGGCUUAUCGAAUGUCUUCUCGGGGAGCGGUAGCAGCGCAUCGCAUACACUCAACAACUUAUUCAAUAGGGGUAGUUCUCUAAACGAUUGGCCAAAUUCGGGUGACAAUUCAAGAACAGCCCACACCAACGGCGAAGCCGGCGCCUUUAAAGAAGACGGGCCUCUCGACUGGUAUGUCGAAGGCCCUGGUCGAAGGCUGGCCUACGAUGACCUCACCGCAAUCGAUUGGGUCUUUGAGUACACUAAAGAACGCCAAAGACGAAGGCUCUUAUAUUCCACAGGACAAGGCGUUUUGGGCCAUUUGCACCAACUCUUGGAUGCAAGCCAUGUCUGGGUGGUUUUGGUCGCAACUGGGGUUGCAGUUGGCUUGAUUGCAGCAUGCAUCGAUAUUGCAAGUGAUUGGUUGAGCGAUUUAAAGUUGGGUUAUUGCAAAGGUGAAGAAGGUUUCAGCCAAUUCUACCUCAACCGGGGAUUCUGCUGUUGGGGGCAUGAAGAUUUUUCGGAAUGCGUUGGUUGGAAAUCAUGGAGGGAUGCCUCAAAAGUCCUCUUUGCAUCAUUUGCGUGCACAUUGGUACGGAAUUAUGCACCAUAUGCCAAACACAGUGGAAUUCCCGAGAUAAAAACAGUCCUCGGGGGCUUUGUCAUGAAGCGUUUUAUGGGUGGCUGGACACUGGCCAUUAAGUCUCUAGGACUUUGUCUUGCUGUUGCUUCCGGCAUGUGGCUGGGUAAAGAAGGCCCUCUUGUUCAUGUCGCAUGUUGUUGUGCGAACAUUCUCAUGAAACCAUUUGACUCGUUAAAUAGCAAUGAAGCAAGGAAACGUGAAAUCCUUUCGGCGGCUGCUGCUGCAGGCAUAUCUGUUGCCUUCGGGGCCCCCAUUGGCGGAGUACUAUUCAGUUUAGAGCAACUUUCGUAUUAUUUCCCGGAUAAAACAAUGUGGCAGAGUUUCGUAUGUGCUACUGUUGCUGCUGUCACGUUGCAAGCACUGAAUCCUUUCCAUACUGGUAAAAUCGUGCUUUACCAGGUGACCUAUACUAGAGGAUGGCAUCGAUUCGAAAUUAUUCCAUUCAUAAUACUCGGCAUCGUGGGUGGCCUCUAUGGAGGACUAUUCAUCAAGCUCAACAUGAGAAUAGCCAGAUGGCGCAAGUCCAGGAGUUGGUCUUACCCGCUACUUGAAGUGGCCUCAGUUGCUCUUAUCAGCGCCGGACUAAACUUCCCCAACAAGUUCAUGAGAGCACAAUCGUCAGAACUAGUAUAUCAACUUUUUGCCGAGUGUGCAACGACCACAGACGAUCAGUUGGAUCUGUGUAAAACAGGUGCUGCAUCUUUUGGUGUUAUUGCUCUCUUGAUUGUGGCAGCAUUGCUUGGUGUCUUCCUAGCAUCCGUCAGCUUCGGUCUGGAAAUCCCAGCGGGCAUUAUUCUUCCCUCCCUGGCAAUCGGCGCUCUGUUUGGCCGUGCACUCGGCAUCGGUGUUGAAAUGUGGCAAAUGGCGUUCCCUAAUUUCUUUCUUUUCGAAAGUUGCGAGCCCGAUAUACCGUGUAUCACUCCAGCAACUUACGCAAUCAUAGGGGCCGCAUCAGCUCUUGGGGGAGCUACCAGAAUGACAGUUUCAAUUGUGGUGAUCAUGUUUGAGCUGACGGGUGCUCUAACAUAUGUGAUUCCAAUCAUGAUAGCUGUCAUGCUCUCCAAAUGGUGUGGUGACAUAUUUGGCAAACGCGGCAUAUAUGAGUCCUGGGUUCACUUCAACGAAUAUCCGUUUUUGGAUCUUAAGGAUGACAAGCCUCCACCAGAUGUGCCGGCAUCGAGAAUAAUGACUAAUGUAGACGAUCUCACUGUGAUUCCUGCUGUUGGUCAUACUAUUGAAUCACUUAGGAAUCUGCUCAUGCAGACACGAUACCGUGGAUUCCCGGUGGUGUUAGACGCAUCGAAUCCAAUUCUGCUUGGCUACAUAUCUCGUAACGAGCUUUCUUACGCACUGGAGUCAUCUCUAUCCUCUACGAAUCGCAAUUGGACGUCAGAGACACAGGCCUAUUUUGUUCAUCAACCAUUUUCUGACCCAAUUGAAACGCUUGAUUUACGGCCCUGGAUGGACCAAACGCCCAUAACACUCAACAGCCAUACCACCUUCUCCAUUGUCCUGGGUAUGUUCCAGAGACUUGGGCUUAGAUAUGUACUGUUUGUGCACAAGGGCAUUCUAAAGGGUCUCCUCACGAAAAAAGAUGUCUGGUUCAUUCUUAACGGCAUGGAAAGUCGACGAGAGAAAGACUUCGAAAGUGGGCCGCUUAGAGAAGCGAGCAACUCGGAAGAGAUAGGAUUGCUUGGUGACGAAGUAUCACAUGCCGAUGCCGAAGAUCUUGGCCUCAUAGAGGGUCGACAAUCUAUGCAGUCUCUGUGA